AUGGACGAGGCUUUCACGACUCACGAGGGCACGCUACCGUUCGCGAGGCUCCAGUUUCUCCUCCAUCUCUUCUGCUUCCCCAUCGUCCUUCCCCAGUAUUUCUCAACUCCGGUCCCAUUUGUUUGGCGCACCGACGACAACAAGGCCAUCUCCGACCCGGGUUUCCAGGCACACCAGGCUUCCAGCAGGUUCUUGGUUCUUUCAAAGAUCCUUCAAUUCGACCAACCAAGGCCAACCCUUUAG